AUGGCAGGAGGUAGGUACUAUGUGUGCAAAACCUGUGGUCCUGCAAGCUGGAUUUAUGCCUCUAAAGUGCAGAAGUUUGCGAAGUGCAGUUGGUGUGGCAAGCCUUGGCCCGCUGAUGUACCGCAGGCACCUUGGAGAGAACCUAGCAGGCCGCGACCUCGAACUCGGCAGCCGAAGCCAGCUAAGCUAGCAAGCUGCCUUCAGAAGGUGUGGUCCACCUUGCCUGCAGAUGUGUGUUUGCAGUUUGAGCAGGCUGGCUUUAAAGUGCCGGCCCCGAAGCAGGAAGAUGUUGACCUACUCAGCCUUUUGCAGCGCAACCGUGAUGAUCUCCCCCAGGAAGUCCUGGAUGCUCUGCCAGCAGCACCGGUCCCUAACCCAGUGCAGGAAGGCAAGGCUGCAGGUGUUGAGUGGCGCAACUCCGUCGGUAAGUUGCGCGACCUUGGCCAGCGUAAGUUGAAGCUGCAAGAAGACAUUGACCUGGCCAAGGCCAAUCUGAGGGCCCUGCUGACAAAGAUGCAGGACUUGCAAGCUUCCAUCCAGGAAGCACAGACUGAGGUCAACAAAGCCACUCAGGAUUAUGAAGCUAAGGUUCUCACACAGUGCGCAGAAGAGGCCAGUCAUGGAGUAGAUUCUGUGUUGCAGGCCCUGGGUAUCGAGGAGGACACCCUCACUGAGGCCCAAAAGCGCAGUAUCGCUGCUCUGAAGAAGGACAAUGCUGAUGAGGCCAAGCGCCGCAAGACCGAGCAGCAGGAUCGUUUCCCGCCUGGAUUGCUCCCGAAGUCUACGGCACCCCCGGCCGCCGAACCCCAGCAAAACGCCGCAGACGCUAAGGACUUGAACAGCCAGUCCGGCAAGGCGCGCAGUCGCUCGCCCAAGCGCGGUGACAAGGGUGACGAGCUUUAG